AUGGGCAUAGCAAUCCUCUCCGGUAUCCUAGCAUCUCUCGACGAAAUCCACGCACCAAACUCGCAGUCCUCAGAGACAGACGAAACACCCUCAAAGCUCCCCACCAAAUUCAUAGCCUGUGUCCGCUCACCCAAAGGCGCAGAAAAGAUCAAAAAAGCACUCUCACCCUACAAAACCCCCGUCAAAAUCAUCCAAAGCGACAAUGUCACCGCCUGUAGAGAGGCAGAUGUAGUAUUACUAGGCUGUAAACCAUAUAUGGCCGAAGGCAUAUUAGGCGAAGAGGGGAUGGUCGACGCGUUAAAGGGGAAAUUGUUGAUUAGCAUCCUAGCUGGCGUUCCCGCAGAGCAGAUAUACGGGUACAUGUACGGCAAAACACCAGUGAACCCAGAGAAAGAGGGAUUAUGUCAAGUCGUGCGAGCAAUGCCAAAUACAGCGUCUGGGAUCCGGGAAUCCAUGACUGUGAUCGCGACGUCGAGUCCCCCAUUAUCAGCUACAACUUCGAGUCUGAUAACCUGGAUCUUCAAACGCAUUGGCGAUGUCGUCCAGCUCCCCGCUGCUACAAUGGAUGCCAGCACCGCGCUGUGUGGCAGUGGCCCAGCCUUUUUUGCGCUCAUACUGGAGGCUGCGAUUGAUGGGGCUGUGGCGAUGGGGUUGCCAAGAGCAGAGGCUCAGAGAAUGGCGGCGCAGACUAUGAAAGGGGCUGCUGGAUUGGUAUUGUCUGGAGAGCAUCCGGCGUUGCUGAAAGAUAAAGUGACUACGCCGGGUGGGUGCACGAUAGGUGGGCUGAUGGUGCUGGAAGAAGGAGGGGUGAGAGGGACCGUGGCUAGAGCAGUUAGGGAAGCUACUGUGGUUGCCAGUCAGCUUGGUAAAGGGGUUCAGGGAGUCAACGGUACACGAUUUUGA